AUGAAUGCUGUCGGACUCAUUGGAACCAUUUUGCUUAUAUGCAGCUCCUCAGCAUUUGUUCAAGCCAUGCCCACUGGAAGUGGUCUUGAAUUUGUGUCUCUCAAACCGUCAAUUGAAGGAGUGGAUGAACAGCCUUUGAUAAAUCAAGUUGGAUCUUCCUCAUUUGCAAAACAACAUCCACACAAAGGCCAUUCAGGCCUUACUGGUGAGGAUGAUGAUGAUGAUGAUGGUUGCUUUUGGUGGAAAAUGUUUACUUGCAACAACUGUUGUGGCACAUGCUGA